AUGAGUGAUGUGGAGGAUGAAGCGGUGCCAACCAUUUCACUGAAAGUAAAGACGACAACGGCCGUCUACGAUGUGGAGGUGAAAGCAAACGCAACAAUCUCUGACGUUAAAGAUGUGCUCGUCAGCAAGCUAAGCAAUGUGGAAAAGUCCCUGCUAUGCCUAAUAUUUUCUGGGAAGAUUUUGAAGGACCAUGAGAAAUUGGAGACACAUAUUGUGUAUUCGAACUUACUGAUGGAAAGUCCACGAAUAGCUCGGAAUAUGUCAGCAGGUUUUGAGGUUCACAUUGCAGAUAUUGGAGAUGGCAUGGCCUUACACCUUGUAGUUCGACAGGGGCAAAAUCGGGCUUCUAGUGGGCCCCAUGGCACAGGCUCUCUCUUUGGUGCUAAUCUUCCGGCUGGUGGUCCACAGGCAAUGGCUCAACAAAUGAUGAAUAACCCAGAAAUGAUGCGUCAGAUGAUGGAUAAUCCCCUUAUGCAGAACAUCAUGGGCAAUCCUGAAAUCUUUCGUUCACUCAUUGCCAGUAAUCCACAAAUUCAGCAGCUCAUUGAACGCAAUCCUGAGUUAGGACAUGUUUUGAACGACCCAGAUAUGAUGAGGCAAACGAUGGAAAUGAUUAGAAAUCCUAACAUGUUCCAAGAAAUGAUGCGUAAUCACGAUCUUGCCAUACGAAAUCUCCAGGGAAUUCCUGGUGGUGAAGCAGCACUACAGCGUUUGUACCAAGAUGUACAAGAGCCGCUUCUGAACAGUGCAACUAGUUCUCUGGCUGGCAAUCCAUUUGCUUCAUUGCGUCGUGGAGAGGACACAACAGAGUCUCGAAGUCAGAGGGCUGGACAGGAGAACAGUGAAGCUCUGCCGAAUCCAUGGGGUGGUGGACAGAGUUCACCACAAAACACGCAGGCGUCUAAUGGAGUUACAGCAAACUCUUCCGAGGAUGGAAUUGCAUCGUUGCUUGGAUCGUCAGGAAUGAAUUCUUUAAUGGAGCAGAUGAUGUCAGAUCCAGCUUUGAUGCAGUCCUUGAUGAGGCCAGAAAUUCUUGGGUUGUUCAGGCAGAGCAUUUCUCAAAAUCCUCAAAUAGUGCAGCAAAUUAUGGAGCAAAACCCUUUGAUUGCCAACAACCCCCAGUUAGCGGAGCAGCUUCGAGCCCAACUACCAAAUAUGGUGAAUUUGAUGGGAAAUCCUGAGAUUAUGGCUGCUGUGUCGAAUCCACGGGUUUUGGAAGCGUUGCGCAUGAUGCAACAAGGAAUGGAUACUCUUCGCCGCGAGGCACCGGCUUUGGCAGGAAUCUUUGGAACUGGUUUCGGUGCUGCCUCUAGCACCACACAGGCGAAUUCAUCGGUUAAUAGUCAAGAUUCGAUCGGUAUGCUUAAUAACAUGUUCGCGGGAAUGAAUGCUACUACUGACCCCGAAGUGUUAUAUGCGUCACAGUUGGAGCAGUUGGCUGGAAUGGGUUUUUCAAAUAGAGCACAGAAUAUUGCUGCUCUCCGUGCGUCUUUUGGCGAUUUGAACGCAGCCGUGGAACGUCUUCUGAACUCGCCCUAG